AUGGCAGAACAGCUUUUGGAACAAGUGAGAGACUUAGCAGAGGGUCAAAUUGAUUUUGAAGGCCAGAAACUAUCUGAGAUCCUAGCGACUGCUGUUCUUUUAAUCGUCGGAGGAAUCUCCUUCCUCGUCGGCUUCCUCCUCCAAGACAUUGCUUUGGCCCUAAAGAUCGGCCUCGGCGGUACCGCCCUCACCUUUCUUGUCGUCGUCCCUCCCUGGCCUUUCUACAAUAAGCAUCCCGUCAAAUGGCUCCCCGUUGGAGGCCUACCAGCAAUCACGAGUACACAACAAAAUAUAGUCAUCGAUGAGAAGUUUCUUGCGAAAUGA